GGUGGGCAACUGGGGCGACGAUGCUGACCGUGGCGGCUUCCGCACUCCGCAACAACAAAAAAUCCACCGCCGCGGCCUGCUUCUCCCUUGCUAUGCCCUUCCUCCUCUCCUCCCCCACCCCUCCUCCCCCACCUCACUCCUCCUCUCUCCCCCGGAGCCCUAGCCCUCGCCCUCGCCUCCCGCUCCCGCCACCCCGCCGCGCCGCCCUCGUCACCGCCGCGCAGGACCCUCGGUGGCGGCGGGCCAUGGCGUCGCUGGCCGUCUCGGCGUCCGCGUCGGCGUCGGGGGAGGAGGUGACGCACCUCGCGCAGCGGGAGGCGGCGGAGAUCGACGAGCAGCUCAUGGGCCCGCUCGGCUUCAGCGUCGACCAGCUCAUGGAGCUUGCGGGGCUUAGCGUUGCGGCGGCGGUUGCGGAGGUUUACAAGUUGGGUGAACAUACAAGGGUGCUAGUAAUCUGUGGUCCAGGAAAUAAUGGUGGUGAUGGUCUGGUAGCUGCUCGUCAUCUUCAUCACUUUGGGUACAAGCCUUCUGUAUGUUAUCCAAAACGCACGCCCAAGCCUCUGUAUUCUGGCCUUUGUACUCAGCUUGAAUCACUAACAAUCCCUUUCGUUCCUGUUGAAGACCUACCUGCAAAUUUAUCGGAGGAGUUUGACAUCAUUAUUGAUGCAAUGUUUGGUUUUUCGUUUCAUGGAACACCAAGACCACCAUUUGAUGAUCUUAUCAACAGGCUUGUUUCACUGAGUGCUAUUGAUAAUUCUGCUAAAAGACCAGCAAUUGUUUCUGUUGAUAUCCCUUCGGGGUGGCACGUUGAAGAGGGAGAUAUCAAUGGAGGAGGGUUUAAACCUGAUAUGCUGGUAUCAUUGACUGCACCAAAGCUCUGUGCAAAAAAAUUUACCGGUCCACACCAUUUUCUUGGGGGUAGAUUUGUUCCCCCACCUAUUGUGAGCAAAUAUAAGCUUCAUCUUCCUCCAUAUCCCGGUACCUCAAUGUGUGUGAGAAUUGGAAAAGCUCCAUCUGUUGACAUUUCAUCUCUAAGAGAAAAUUACAUCUCCCCUGAACUUCUCGAGAAUCAGGUGAUGCCUGAUCCAUUUGAUCAGUUCGUUAGAUGGUUUGAUGAAGCUGUUACUGCUGGUCUACGUGAACCAAAUGCUAUGGCUUUAACAACUGCCGAUAAGGAGGGAAAACCUUCGUCAAGAAUGGUUCUUUUAAAGGGUGUUGAUAAGCAGGGAUUUGUUUGGUAUACAAAUUAUGGUAGCCAGAAGGCACAUGAUUUAUCUGAGAAUCCAAAUGCCGCUCUGCUUUUCUACUGGAAUGAGAUGAACCGGCAGGUAAGAGUAGAAGGUUCUGUUCAGAAGGUUCCAGAAGAAGAAUCUGAGAAGUAUUUCCACAGCCGCCCACGAGGGAGUCAACUUGGUGCAAUAGUCAGCAAGCAGAGCACUAUCAUUCCUGGAAGGGAAGUUCUUCAGCAGGCGUACAAGGAAUUGGAACAAAAGUAUUCUGAUGGCAGCGUGAUCCCAAAACCUGAUUACUGGGGUGGGUACAGAUUAACACCAAAACUUUUUGAGUUCUGGCAAGGCCAACAGUCUCGACUGCAUGACCGGCUUCAGUAUUCACUGCGAGAAGUAGAUAGGAGCACAGUAUGGCACAUCGAGAGGUUGUCCCCUUGACUAGUAACCCCAUCCCAGCUCUUUGGUAAUAAAAAGGAUCUCAUCUUAUUAUCAAGAAUCAAAUCUUAUCCCAGCUGCAAGGAGUCCCAAUUGCUCGAUGAUGUUAGUGCCAUGAUUAGGUCGCGUGUUUGAGACUGUGAGUGCCUGAAGCUCUGCUUUUUGACAUGCCCUUCACACAUCUGAUGUUCUCUGAAGCACAGAGUGGAUGAAUCCAUGAAGGCCCUUCUCUUGGUCAUAAGAUUUUUCUGUAAAUGCCAUUAAAUUUUAACCGUCCUGUAGAAAGAAUUAUGAUGAGAAUCUCAUUAUCUCAGCCUGGAGAAGACUGUUGGACAUAGGUCGACAUCGUAGUAUAUCGAAGAAAUAAUGUUCUGGGAGGAAAUAAGUAUUUAUCAGCAUCAAGCAUAUAAGUCAAUAAAGUUGUGUGCUGCAAUGGCAUUGUCUGCUUUACCAGUUUGCUGCUAGCUAAUAGGGCUUUGCGUGUUGCGUCUGUGCCUAUUAUGAUAGAUAAGGCUGUAUGUUUUGGGUCAUUCACUCUGGUGUAAGCAUCGUCGUGCAGUUGCACAAUCACUGAGAUUACUAGUAACUCUGGCAAGUUUGGUAGUAUUGGAGGUAUUGAGAUUA